CUUUGACGAUCUCCAUCAAACUCCCCGAAACACGCGCAACAUGUCGGCCUUUAAGAAGCGGAAACUGGAGCAUACGGGCAUCAAGUCCGACAUCAAACUCGACAGUAGGAAACCUAAGAGUUCGAAACUCUCAGAGCGAGGCAAUAUCGACGCAAAAGCUUCUGGCGAGACUGCAGCCCAGUCAACGUCAAAUGGCGGAACAAAACAGCUGGCCAAACUCAAUGGAAAGGAUGGUUCAAACGGUCAGACAACGGAUGACGUGUCAAGCGGACCAUUGCCAGAAACGGACUCCGAAGCGGAUCCUGUCGAAGGAUUGAACGAAGAUGGCGACGCCGAGACGACUCCCGCAGUAUCACAGAAGACGUUUGCGGAUUUGGGUGUCACCGACUCCCUCUGCGACGCUUGUGCAGCCCUGGGAUUCAAAGCACCUACAGCCAUUCAGACGGAAGCAAUACCCCUCGCGAUGACAGGUCGGGACAUCAUUGGACUCGCCGAGACUGGCAGUGGCAAAACGGCCGCUUUUGCCUUGCCCAUUCUACAAGCCCUCCUAGACCAACCGCAGCCCAUGUUUGGUCUUGUCCUUGCACCCACGCGUGAACUGGCGUAUCAAAUCAGUCAACAGUUCGAGGCGCUGGGAAGCCUGAUCAAUGUCCGUUGCGCGGUGAUUGUCGGCGGCAUGGACAUGGUGCCCCAAGCCAUCGCUCUAGCCAAAAAACCGCACAUCAUUGUCGCCACCCCUGGACGUUUGAUGGACCAUCUGGAAAACACCAAGGGCUUUUCCCUACGCCACCUGAAGUACCUCGUUAUGGAUGAAGCGGAUCGUCUGCUUGAUUUGGAUUUCGGUCCCAUCUUGGACAAGAUUUUGCAGGUGCUACCAAGAGAGGGGAGGAGAACGAUGCUUUUCUCUGCCACCAUGAACACCAAGCUUGACAAUCUGACUCGUGCGGCCCUUCAAAACCCCGCGCGGGUGAGCAUCAGCAGCAGCUCUUACCAGACGGUCAAAGGGUUGAAGCAAAAGUAUCUCUUCAUCCCGCACAAGUUCAAGGACAUCUAUCUCAUCGCCAUACUUCACGAGUUCGCAGGUCAGACGUGCAUACUAUUUACCCGCACAGUGCACGAAACCCAACGCCUCGCCUUCCUGCUGCGAGCAUUGGGACGUUCAGCGAUUCCGCUGCAUGGGCAAAUGGCUCAAUCUGCACGACUUGGAGCGCUCAACAAAUUUCGCUCGGGCAGUCGAGACAUUCUAGUUGCUACAGACGUCGCAGCGCGUGGUCUCGACAUCCCUUCUGUGGAUCUGGUGCUGAACUUCGACCUGCCCCCGGACAGCAAGACGUACGUGCAUCGCGUGGGCCGAACUGCACGAGCAGGGAAAUCCGGAGUGGCCAUCAGUGUGGUUACGCAAUACGACGUGGAAAUCUUCCAACGCAUCGAGAAGGCUCUGGAUAAGCAUCUGGAGGAGCAUGCGACGGAGCGGGAGGAAGUGAUGGUAUUUGCCGCGCGGGUGAGCGAGGCGCAAAGAGUGGCAAUCACGGAGAUGAAGAAUCUGAACGAGAAGGGCAAGAAGAAGGGGAUUGGCGGAGGGCGGGCGAAGCAAGGCCGUGGGAAACGGGAAGGCAUGGAUGCCGAUGAAGGGUGAGGGGGGUUGUAGUGUUGACGAACCUGGAAUGCAUAAGGUGUAUUUGUACUCCUGAACCUAAUGCACCGCCAACGAGAUAUUCGUGCUCUCGAGUGUCUUACUACAUCUCCUCUCAUUCCUUGUACAGGUUUGGCGACGAAUUGUGCGGCACACGGAUAUACGCCAAUCCGGGUGCGAAUGCGAUGGCCAGGCUGACACUGACCGGAGUAAAGCUCGACUUUGCGCUCUCUAUCGCCGGGAUAUUGGAAAAUCAAUGACGUGAAUUAUAGUUCAAUGAAUAGCAGGCUCGAGUUGAUAUUUAAGCCCAUCGCACUCGUGUGGUAACC